GAGGAAAACAGAUCCACAAGAGUGGCAUUAGAAUCAACCACUUACAUCUGCAGGAGAGUUCCUGGAAAUUUUCAGACAUAAAACAUUGUUCUUGAAACACUUACCUUCUUUAACAAGUAAGUAAACUCACAGUUCAUGUACAGAACUUGAACUCCAAAGCCCUUCUUUAAUCAUCAUUAACGAACCAAUUGAAAUUUUAGGCUUUUUUUGUUGUUGUUGUUGUUCCAAUGCCAAUCUCUCCAAUAAUUUCCAAUAAAAGUAUACUUCCCUCCAUUUUUUUUUCCAACUAAAAAAAGGCAGAGGAAAGGAAGAAGAUAGAUGGCUACCGUACAAAACCCAAGCUUUUCUUGUUCGUCGUUGUCUUCCUUAUCCACAUAUUGUUCUUCUAAACGCAAGAAACCCAGACACCACCAGAAACUGCUGAAGCAAAAGCAGAUUCAAGAAGGCAACAAUGGAACCGCUUCUCUCUCUUUCAAGAAACCAUCCCCAACACCAAUCUUGAUCCGUCAACCGCUCAUCCACCGGACCAAACUCGAAGCCCUCGACGCUGUCGUCUCGGACAUCGAAACCUCUGCCCGGAAAGGGAUUUCGGUCAGCGACCCGGAGAUCUUCGCCUCUCUUCUCGAGACUUGCUGCACCUUGCGAGCCAUCGAUCAUGGCAUUAGAGUUCAUCGCCUUAUACCCGACAACCUAUCGCGCAAAAACUUGGGGAUUUCAUCGAAGCUUGUCAGGUUGUACGCUUCCUGUGGGUUAACGGAGAUUGCCCAUGAAGUGUUCGAUCAAAUGUCUAAGAGAAAGGCAUCGGCUUUUGCCUGGAACUCGCUUAUCUCAGGCUACACCGAAUCGGGUCAGUACGAGGAUGCCAUGGCUAUGUACUUCCAAAUGGUCGAAGAAGGUGUGAAACCAGACCAGUUCACUUUCCCUCGUGUCUUGAAGGCUUGCGGAAGAAUCGGUUGGAUCCGGAUUGGCGAGGCAGUUCACCGCGAUUUGGUUAAGGAAGGCUUUGGAUAUGACGGGUUUGUGCUCAAUGCCCUUGUGAAUAUGUACGCAAAAUGUGGUGACAUUGUCAAGGCCAGGAGGGUUUUCGACAAGAUUUGUCUCAAGGACUCGGUUUCAUGGAAUUCCAUGUUGAAUGGUUACAUCCGCCAUGGAUUGUUACACGAGGCGGUAGAGAUCUUUCGUCUCAUGGUUAUGGAUCGCUUCGAGCCUGAUGCCAUAUCGAUUUCCAGCAUUUUAGCCGGUGUUUCCUCAUUUGAGCAUGGAUGCCAACUCCAUGGAUGGGCGAUAAGGCGAGGAGUGGAGCAGGAGUUGUCUGUUGCCAAUGCUUUGAUUGUUCUCUAUUCGAAAACAGGACAACUUGUUCGAGCUCGUAGGGUGUUCGAUCACAUGCUCGAGAAAGAUACCGUGUCUUGGAACUCUAUCAUCUCUGCUCAUUCGAAAGAUGGUAGAGGUUUGAUGUAUUUCGAGCAGAUGCAGAGUUCGAAUGCAAGACCUGACGGUAUCACAUUUGUAUCAGUUCUUUCCCUCUGUGCUAAUACAGGACGGGUUGAAGAAGGCGAGAGGUUAUUCUCGUUGAUGACACGGAAAUACGGGAUAAACCCGAGAAUGGAGCACUAUGCGUGUAUGGUGAACCUGUAUGGUCGGGCAGGGAUGGUGAAGAAGGCAUACUCGAUGAUAGUUCACGAGAUGGGGUUCGAAGCUGGACCAACCGUAUGGGGAGCUCUGUUGUAUGCGUGUUACAUUCAUGGCGAUUCGGAUAUCGGAGAGAUUGCUGGGAAACGUCUUUUCGAGUUGGAACCCGAUAACGAGCACAACUUUGAGCUGAUGAUGAAAAUUUAUGGCAAGGAAAAGAGGGCAGAGGACGUUGAGAGAGUACGGAAGAUGAUGGUGGAUAGAGGGUUGUAGAGACAGACAUAAACCUCCUCCAUUGUCAGUCCGGGUCUUGUCUGAAAAUAUCUUAACUCGGGCUUCAGUUCCUGCAAGUCGGGGAACACGAAGAUCAGAAAGCAUGUCAUAACAUCCGUUAAACUCGAAGCCAGUUCUUGUGUCCGACCCAAAAUUGCAAAAGUAGACAUACAUUUUUCUGAUUGUGAGGCAUCAUCACGCCCUGACCUGAUUUCUGCUUCCAGUCUCUUUUGUCGUACCUAAACGUGAUCGAGAAGCGUUCAUGCCAACUUGCCGAGACUGCAUUGGCAGUGAGCCUCGGCCGAGAAAGAUCAACCAAAACUUAUAUUUCCCAAAUGAUUGACUACAAGGGAAUCACCAAGAGACAGCCCACUAAUCUGUCUUAGACCGUGGAGAGGAGAUGAAAGCAUCGGCUGAUAUUGUCAUAGAAGGAUGCUGAAUCACAGAUGUUUCACUGUAUUUAACUUUUAUUAAAGAAGAAGAAAUCAUUAUCAAACAUGAAUAAUCAGUCCAUCCUAAAGCAAUUUCUCUUCAGCAUGGGAG